AAGUGGCUGCGCGGGGUGCUCCGGGCUCUGCGGGGCUGGGACACACCGGCGCGGCUCCCGCCGAGUUUUUUGAUGGGGGCGCUGGAGCCUGGAAUGGGUAGUCUUGACUGUGCUUGGGGGGAGCCUGAGGCAGUUGAGGUUGGCCAAAGAAAGUCGUGGAGGAGAUGGGAUCAAGGACUCCUGGGUCCGGGCGCUGGCCGCAUGCUUCCCUUCCUCCGCUGCAUGCCAGUUCCAGGCUUGCCCGGAGGAGGGGGGAAGGCACGUCCUGGGGGAGGGGCUGGCCUGAGGGGUUUGCAGCGGGGUUGUGGGAUGACCCUCCCGAGUCUCUGAGUUUGGGGUACGGUGUAAUCGUAUUAAAGGGCGAGGGAGGCAGCCUGGGCAGAGGGAAGGGUACACCGUGUCUGCGGGAGCAGCCCUCCUCCCCUCAUCUAAACCUGAGGAAUGGAAGGGGUGGUGUUCGCACCCCCCUGCCCCAAGGCAUGCUGCGGGAUGCCAGAGGGUCAGGUUCUGGGGCCUGACUAUAAAGAUAGAGGUGAAAUCUGGCAGUGGGAUUCUCAACCUCCUAGAGUGUCUAUGUGAGCUGGAGGGAUCUGGAGGGGGUCUUAUGGUUGGGGUGGACUUGGGAGUCCUCUGUAAUCUUUAGGGAGAAUGGGGACUGGGGAAGGGAAGAGAAAGCAGCAGGCGUUGAACCUACAGGUACAGGCCCUGGAGAGGUUCCUUACAUCUGGAAAGGCCCGGAAUUGAGGCAUUGAGGCCCACGUCCCAGUAUGAUGGGCGGCGCUGGCACUGUUGGGCCGCCUGGGCAGUUCCUUUAGCUAUGAACUUUAUGAAGUCGUUUUGAAUCGCCAGGAGCCUCCUUUUGCCAAGGAGGGCAGGGGCAGAUGGGCCCAGGGGACUGGAUGGACAGGAGGUGGCCACGAAGAGGGUUUGGCAAAGCAGUGGGCAGAACCAUCCUUAGGGCCGGGCCUUGGCCUGCUCCAGACUCUGGUUUUGGGCUGAAGAUCAGGCUUUGUGAAGGACUUGAGGUCUGGGUGGCACAGGACCUUAGACUUCCAAGCUGAGUGGGUCAUGGCUCUGGCCGUGGGAGCCAGUGGUGCUUGGAGCACCAGAUCUGUGAGAGAGAGAGGGAGCAAAGGGACCAGGACUCAGAGGAAGGAGGAGGUCAGAGGCUCAAAGCUUAAGAGCCUGACUCUGGGGAAGAGGGAGGUGGUUGUAGUGAUGGUUGGAGGACCAUAUAGAGAAGUUUUGUGGUUUGGAAGAGUGCCCUUCCCUGUUCCCUGCUAUACUAGUCUGGCAUGGGUUGCCAGGAGUGUUGGGAGCCUGGCAAAUUCUCCAGGAUGGGCAGUGCUUGGAGUACAACCCAGGGCAGGAUAGUUGAGUUGGUUGGAGAAUUACAGAGCUCUGUAGCUAUCCCCAGGGGAGUCAAAGUGUUCUUGGGAGGGUCAUGGGUUCUCUUGGACCCCCUUCCUCUGUGGGUAUGAGCCAGAUGCUAGGAUGUGCUUCCAGGGAGCUGGGAGCAUGGCCAAAAAUAGGUCCUUAGGGGACAGAGGUCUGGGGCAGUGGUAGUCUGGGGUGUUUGUGUGUGUGUGUGUGUGUGUGUGUGUGUGUGUAUGUGUGUCUGUUUCUGGGGUGGGUGCAGGGGGAGAGUUAAGAAUAAAGCAGGGGACUGGCGAAAGGGAGAUAGCUAAAGCAAAAUGUCACUGGGCUAAGAGGGGUAGGGGUUGGUGGUGAUUGGAAAUCUGCUCGUUCUGGGCUCUGUCACCAGCAGCUCUGGGGACUGAGAGCUGAGGACACAAGCACUGAUAAAACCAGGCAUCUGACUGGUGGGAGAAAUGCAUGUUCUUGCUCAUGACUUUUUCAUUUUUCUAUUUCUUGGACAUUGGCAGAGGUUUGGGUUCAAGUGUUAUGGUGGGGGGAGAACUGAUAUUUAUCAAGUAUGACCUCAUGACAGAUGUUAUUAGAAUCUUUCCUGAAGACUAUUUUUAUUCCCCAUUUUGCAGAUGAAGAAACUGACACAGGGAGGUUAAAUAACCUGUUCAAAGCUGGGCAGCUAGCAAAUAAUCAUGCUAAGGUUUGAAGCCCAAUCUCACACCAAAGAUCAUGCUUCUAGUGAAGUAUUUUGAAGAGCCAAGCUUUCUUUGAUGUUUUUCAAAUACGAGGCUGACCAAAAAUCUUAUAUUCCAAAUGUGAUGUUAAGAGGUUGAAGGGCAUGCUAUUCUAUAGGUUAUAGGAGAAGGGAUGUGGGUGCCCCAUGAAUGGGGGCUUGGGAGUACACAGAAAAAUUCCCAUCCUGCCUUCUGCUGUGUGCGUCCCUGGAUGUCAGCUUGAGCUGCUCAUCUGGCUGUGAGCAUCUGGUUCUUUGGCCACCUGGGGCAAGUGCUGGAUAUUUUCCCAUCUUGUCCCCUAAUAAGUACAAAUGUCAGUGCUGCAGGCUUGGCAGGUUUAAGUACAGGGGGCCCCCUCAGGGUGCCCUGUGGGCAUGGAGGAGUAUGGCCUUGGUGGGGGCAUAGGCAUCUGUGGAUGAUGGUGCUUUCAUCUUCAUCUCCUCCUGACCCGGCUCAGCCAGGAGUACAUUAAAAGUAUUGUCAUGGGUGGUGCCUGUGGCUCAAAGGAGUGGGAUGCUGGCCCCAUGUGCCGGAGGUGGUGGGUCAAACCCAGCCCCCACCAAAAAAAAAAAAAAAAGUAUUGCCAUGAAGUCCUCCAGCCCUGUUCAAGAUACUUCCUCCAGAAAACCUGGGAUCUGGGACUGAUUUGGCUACACAUGAUCUCUGUAACUUGAGCUAGCCAUGUAAAACUGCCUUGGACUCCAGAUUUUGUUUUUGUCUUUUCCCAGGAGGCCACAGGACCAGCCUCAUAGGGUUUUGCUGAAGAUCAGGUGGAAUGAGGCAUGUGAAAGGACCUUGAAAAGUUUAAACAUAGAGAAAGCACAUGGGAGUGUAAUCCACCUAUCCAUCCAUCCAUCCAUCCACUCAAGGGACAUUUAUUUAGAUCCUACUAAGUGUUGUAAAUAUAACAGUAAACCAGGCCAAAAUCCUUGCCUUUGUAAAAUUAACAUUCUAGUUAGAAGAGAAAGACGAUGAACAAAUAAGGAAAAUAUAUAGAAUGGUCCUUGCUGAUGAGAGCUGUGGAGAAAAAGAAAGUGUAAAGCUAGGAAGAGAGAUAGGGAGGCCCAGGAAAGGAGGUUACUAUUUUAAUAGGGUGGUCAGGGAAAGCCUUGCUGAUAAGAGGACAUUUGGGCUGUGAUCUGGAGGAGUUCUGUUCAGAGAGAAGCAGACAUCAGGUCUGGCUGUUCUAGGCUGACCUGUGCUGGGAAUGGUAGGAAACAGCAAGAGGCUCAUGACUGGGGUGCAGUGAAGAAGGUGAAGAACCUUGGAAAUAUUAGCCAAGGUUAGCAAUAUUAGCCAUUGUUUCACAUUAGCUGCUCUAUGCCAAUGCCCUUGUACUUGCUCUUUCUCUGACUUUUCAACAUAUGUUUAUUGAGUCCCUACUGAGCCAGACCCAGUACUUGGCACUGGGAAUAAAGUGCUGAACAAAGUAGGUAUAAUCCGUGCCCUCACAAAGCUUAUAGCCAGAGGGAUUGAGGCACACAUUAAACAAGGAAUGACUUAAUUAUAAUUGCCAUCAGUCCUAUGGAGGAACUGUUCAGAUGGUAAAUGGGACCAAACUUGGUCUGGGUUUGGGAGUUGGGGAAUCUUCCCUGAGGAAGUUACAUUUAAGCUGUGACCUGAGGGAGAAGAUGAAUUUAGCUUGGUAAAAUGUGCAUUGUGUGUGAGUGUGAUGAGGAAGGGUGUGGAAAGAAAUUCCCUUUUGUACAGAGGUCACCGAUUGGCAGCUCACAGGCAGAACUCAUUCCAUAGAUGUGAUUUGUUUGGCUUGCAGUGUUAAAAAAUGUGAAUUACUUGCCAACAUUUAAAAAUUGAUGUUGCAUUAAAAUCCAGUUUUCCUUCAGCAUCUGUUGAAAAAAUCAGAAGAUCAGGCCCCAGUGGGACCCACUGGCAUCAUUCUACUGGUGCUAGGCGGUGCCUGCCCAGUGCUCUGGGUGUGAAGUCUUGGUUCUCCUGAACCACAAGCUGCUUCACUCGGUGACAUAGGCACUCCAGUUUGUGACCACCAAAAAAUAUGUACUUCUUAGGGAAGAGGUGAAUUUUCAAGUGUACUGGCUUUGGGUCAGACAGAUAUGGGUUAGAAUCUUGGUUUUCACACUGAGGUAGGUGCUAGAUCUUGGACAAGUUUCUUCACCUCCCUGCUUACUGGUUCUCUCACCUGUUGAAUGGGGAUGCAUUGCCUAUCUCAGAGUAACUUGAGGAGGAUGACGUGUAUGAAGCCUACCUUGGCAGUGGAAGUGCUCAGCAUGUCGUGGUUUAGUGGCCUCCUGGUCCCCAAAGUGGAUGAACGGAAAACGGCCUGGGGUGAGCGCAAUGGGCAGAAGCGCCCGUGGCGCCGUGGGACUCGGGCCGGUGGCUUCUGCACGCCGCGCUAUAUGAGCUGCCUCCGCGAUGCCGCCGAGCCGCCCAGCCCCACCCCUGCGGCUCCCGCUCGGUGCCCCUGGCAGGAUGAAGCCUUCAUCCGGAGGGGUGGCCCAGGCAAGGGCAUGGAUCUGGGGCUACGGGCAGUGGCCCUGGGCUUUGAGGACACUGAGGUGACAACGGUAGUGGGGACAGCUGAGGUGGCACCCGACGCUGUGCCCAGGUGUGGCCGAUCGUGCUGGCGCCGCCUGGUGCAGGUAUUCCGGUCAAAGCAGUUCCGCUCAGCCAAGCUGGAGCGCCUGUACCAGCGGUACUUCUUCCAGAUGAACCAGAGCAGCCUGACGCUGCUGAUGGCUGUGCUGGUGCUGCUCACCGCAGUGCUGCUGGCCUUCCACGCGGCGCCCGCCCGCCCGCAGCCCGCCUACGUGGCCCUGCUGGCUUGUGCCGCUGUCCUCUUCGUGGCGCUCAUGGUGGUGUGUAACCGACAUAGCUUCCGCCAGGACUCCAUGUGGGUGGUGAGCUACGUGGUGCUGGGCAUCCUGGCGGCUGUACAGGUCGGGGGCGCCCUGGCAGCCAACCCGCACAGUCCUUCUGUAGGCCUCUGGUGCCCCGUGUUCUUUGUCUACAUCACCUACACGCUCCUCCCCAUCCGUAUGCGGGCUGCGGUCCUCAGCGGGCUGGGCCUCUCCAGCCUGCAUUUGAUCUUGGCCUGGCAACUGAACCGUGGUGAUGCCUUCCUCUGGAAGCAGCUUGGCGCCAAUGUGCUGCUGUUUCUCUGCACCAAUGUCAUUGGCAUCUGCACACACUACCCAGCUGAGGUGUCUCAGCGCCAGGCCUUUCAGGAGACCCGUGGUUACAUCCAGGCGCGGCUGCACCUGCAGCAUGAGAAUCGGCAGCAGGAGCGGCUGCUGCUGUCAGUGUUGCCCCAGCAUGUUGCCAUGGAGAUGAAAGAAGCCAUCAACACAAAAAAAGAAGACAUGAUGUUCCAUAAGAUCUACAUCCAGAAGCAUGACAAUGUCAGCAUCCUGUUUGCGGACAUUGAAGGCUUCACCAGCCUGGCAUCCCAGUGCACUGCACAGGAGCUGGUCAUGACCCUGAAUGAGCUCUUUGCCCGGUUUGACAAGCUGGCUGCGGAAAAUCACUGCUUGAGGAUCAAGAUCUUAGGGGACUGUUACUACUGUGUGUCAGGGCUGCCAGAGGCCCGGGCCGACCAUGCCCACUGCUGUGUGGAGAUGGGGGUGGAUAUGAUCGAGGCCAUCUCGCUGGUACGUGAGGUGACAGGUGUGAAUGUGAACAUGCGCGUGGGCAUCCACAGCGGGCGUGUGCACUGCGGCGUCCUUGGCCUGCGGAAAUGGCAGUUCGAUGUGUGGUCCAAUGAUGUGACCCUGGCCAACCACAUGGAGGCAGGGGGCCGGGCUGGCCGCAUCCACAUCACCCGGGCCACACUGCAGUACCUGAACGGGGACUACGAAGUGGAGCCAGGCCAUGGUGGUGAGCGCAACACAUACCUCAAGGAGCAGCACAUUGAGACCUUCCUGAUCCUGGGCGCCAGCCAGAAACGGAAAGAAGAGAAGGCCAUGCUGGCCAAGCUGCAGCGGACACGGGCCAACUCCAUGGAAGGGCUGAUGCCACGCUGGGUGCCUGACCGCGCCUUCUCCCGGACCAAGGACUCCAAGGCUUUCCGCCAGAUGGGCAUCGAUGAUUCCAGCAAAGACAACCGGGGUGCCCAGGAUGCUCUGAAUCCUGAGGAUGAGGUGGAUGAGUUCCUGGGCCGUGCCAUUGAUGCCCGUAGCAUCGAUCAGCUGCGCAAGGACCACGUGCGCCGGUUCCUGCUCACCUUCCAGAGAGAGGAUCUAGAGAAGAAGUACUCACAGAAGGUGGAUCCCCGCUUUGGAGCCUAUGUCGCCUGUGCCCUGUUGGUCUUCUGUUUCAUCUGCUUCAUCCAGCUCCUCAUCUUCCCACACUCCACCCUGAUGCUUGGGAUCUAUGCCGGCAUCUUCCUGCUGUUGCUCAUCACUGUGCUGACCUGUGCCGUGUACUCCUGUGGUUCUCUGUUUCCUAAGGCCCUGCAACGUCUGUCCCGCAGCAUCGUGCGCUCGCGGGCACACAGCACCGCAGUUGGCAUUUUUUCAGUCCUGCUAGUGUUCACCUCUGCCAUCGCCAACAUGUACACCUGUAACCACACUCCCAUACGGAUCUGUGCAGCACGGAUGCUGAAUUUAACACCUGAUGACAUCACUGCCUGCCAUCUGCAGCAGCUCAAUUACUCUCUGGGCCUGGAUGCUCCCCUGUGUGAGGGCGCCGCACCCACCUGCAGCUUCCCUGAGUACUUUGUCGGGAACACACUGCUGAGUCUCUUGGCCUGCUCUGUCUUCCUGCACAUCAGCAGCAUCGGCAAGUUGGCCAUGAUCUUUGUCUUGGGGCUCAUUUAUUUGGUGCUGCUUCUGCUGGGGCCCCCAGCCACUGUCUUUGACAACUACGACCUACUGCUUGGCGUCCAUGGCUUGGCUUCUUCCAAUGAGACCUUCAGUGGACUGGACUGCCCAGCUGCAGGGAGGGUGGCACUUAAGUAUAUGACACCUGUCAUUCUGCUGGUGUUUGCGCUGGCGCUGUAUCUGCAUGCCCAGCAGGUGGAGUCGACUGCCCGCCUGGAUUUUCUCUGGAAACUGCAGGCAACAGGGGAGAAGGAGGAGAUGGAGGAGCUCCAGGCAUACAACCGGAGGCUGCUGCAUAACAUCCUGCCCAAGGACGUGGCCGCCCACUUCCUGGCCCGGGAGCGCCGCAAUGAUGAGCUCUACUAUCAGUCGUGUGAGUGUGUGGCUGUUAUGUUUGCCUCCAUUGCCAACUUCUCGGAGUUCUACGUGGAGCUGGAGGCAAACAACGAGGGUGUCGAGUGCCUGCGGCUGCUCAACGAGAUCAUCGCUGAUUUUGAUGAGAUUAUCAGUGAGGAGCGGUUCCGGCAGCUGGAGAAGAUCAAGACGAUUGGUAGCACCUACAUGGCUGCCUCUGGGCUGAAUGCCAGCACCUACGAUCAGGUGGGCCGCUCCCACAUCACUGCCCUUGCUGACUACGCCAUGCGGCUCAUGGAGCAGAUGAAGCACAUCAACGAGCACUCCUUCAACAACUUCCAGAUGAAGAUUGGGCUGAACAUGGGCCCAGUUGUGGCAGGCGUCAUCGGGGCUCGGAAGCCGCAGUACGACAUCUGGGGGAACACAGUGAAUGUCUCUAGCCGUAUGGACAGUACGGGGGUCCCUGACCGAAUCCAGGUGACCACGGACCUGUACCAGGUUCUAGCUGCCAAAGGUUACCAGCUGGAGUGUCGAGGGGUGGUCAAGGUGAAAGGCAAGGGGGAGAUGACCACUUACUUCCUCAAUGGGGGUCCUAGCAGUUAGCAGGGCCCAGC